GUCCACUUCCGUCGUAACACAUUCUGGAUAGUAUCUUAUCAUGGCCGCCUAGGUAAAGCGGAACGCCAUGCCGUUCAAAGCAGCGUCGACGGAUGGCCCCGUUUGCUGCCUGUGCGGGGGCAACAGGCACGGCGAGCCGCCUCCCGACGUAGUCCGGCGAAUCACGUACCACGACAGGUCGUCGCGCCCCAGGGAGGCUUCCAGCGCAGCGGGAGCAUUCCGGCUUGCAAUCUCUGGAAAGGCGCGGAACGGCGGAGAUCGCAGACGAGCGGAGGGGCGGAGCGAGCAGGAGGAUGGCGGAGGAAGCGGAAAGGGAGCGGCGAGGGGAGCCGGGGCGGAACACGCCGCGGAGGGGGAGUCGCGCGAGAUGCGGUGGCCGCCAAUGCGGCCAGAUCCGCACUUCGCGGACCCCUGUGCACGCUACGACGACUGUUUCUUCGACCACAAUGAUUUUCUCAUCUCCUGCCCGCUCCACACGCGCUCCCUCAUGCUGCGUCGCCACGGCUCCCACCUGCCCGAAUUCAACGCCUUUUUCGGGCAGCCCGCGGGCAGGCUGUCCGGGCAGAUGGUCGGGCUCUUGGCGGCUGCCCGAGAAGCUGCCCAGAGGGACGAGGAGGAGGAGGCGCGGGCUGCUGCAGACUUGGAGAUAGUUCCUGGAGGCGAAGGCGAACAAUCAGGAGUGACUGCCGGGGGGGACAGUUGGGACGCGAGAGCUAGAGCAACAGGAGCAGCAGCAGAAGGAGCAGCAGCAACAGCAGCAGCCGCUGGGUCAGCAGGACGAGUGAGAGACGCCGUGGAGAGCGGCACCCAGACAGCAUCACCUGACGCACUAGAUCCUGCAAACGCGACAGAAACCGCCAAGGCGCCACUGUCUACACCAGCAGCACCUGCACCAGCAGAAGCAAAAGCAGCAGCAGCACCAGCAGAAGCAGUAGCAGAAGCAGCAGAAGCAGCAGCAGCAGCAGCAGCAGCAGAAGGAGCACCAGCAGAAGCAGUAGCAGCAGCAGCAGAAGCAGCACCAGCUGCUUCCCUGGCCCCUUCCACCCAGCCCCCCAGCACCCCCCCUCCUGUCCCCCCCACCUCCGCCUUCCCUCCCUGGUCCGCCAUAGGCGGGCUCCGCCCCGUCAUCCUCUCCCUCACAGAGCUCGUCCUGCUGCCCCUGCGCUACCCAGCCCUCUUCCCCUCACUCGGGAUCGCACCCCCACGCGGCGUGCUCUUGCACGGGCUGCCGGGCACCGGGAAGACCCUUGUCGUGAGGGCGCUGGCAGGGGCGUGCGCGCGGGGGGAGCGGGAAGUGGCGUUUUUCGCGCGGCACGGGGCGGAUUGCCUGGGGAAGUACGUGGGGGACGCGGAGAAGCAUCUGCGGCUGCUGUUUGAAGUUGCGAAGCAACGACAGCCGUCGAUUAUCUUCUUCGAUGAGCUGGAUGGGCUCGCACCAGCGCGGGGCCCGAACCAGGACCCGACUCACAGCUCGGUGGUGGCCACUCUCCUGGCGUUGCUAGACGGGUUGGAUUCGAGGGGGGCGGUUACCGUGAUUGCAGCCACCAAUAGGAUUGAUGCGAUUGAUCCUGCCCUGCGCCGCCCGGGCAGGUUCGACCGUGAAAUUUUCUUUCCGCUGCCCGGGGUCAAGGACCGGAAGGCUAUUUUGAAAGCGAUAACACGAGGGUGGGGGGCAGGGGUGGCACCUUCUGGGAAAGUUCUUGAGGAGUUGGCGGGGAGGAGUGAGGGUUUUGCAGGGGCAGAUCUCCGAGCAGUCUGCAACGAUGCGCUGAUGGCUGCCCUGAGAAAAAAAUUUCCCAUGGAGACGGCUUUGGCACUCGAUGCGCUGCCCGGGGCUGAAGCGUUCGGUUCUGGGCAGCCCCAAAUGCCCGCAGCGGGAACACCCUCUUGUCCACGUGGCACAAACUCAUUGGUGCAAGCGAAGAUGUAUCGUCUGCCUAUCCCUGAGAUCCAGGUGGAUGCACAGGAUUGGCUGGCAGCGUUGCAGCGCGCACAGGUGCCUUGUGCCCUCCGAACCGCAGCAGCCAGCUUCGGCAAAUUAGGUCUGGCCACCGUGCCUCGGUAUCUGUUACCAAUCCUGGCCCCUGCUUUGGUUCGGCUGGUCCGAUCACUGGCUGAGACUGCAGGGGUUGGGGACGUUAUGCGAGAUGGGAUGAACGACAGGAUAGGGGAUGAGGAGGAGGAUAGUGAGGAGGGUAGUGAGGAGGAAGGGGAGGAGGAGGGGGAGGAGGAGGAUGAGAUGAGGGAGAGUGAGGAAGGGACGAGUGAAGAGGGGGAAGAAGAGGAGGGGGAGGAGCAGGAGGUCGCCUGUGCCAUACAGCAGAGCGUGCUGUCGCUGACUUCAGCACUGCAUGGUAAUGAUGCUGUGCUGAUGUCAGCAGAGCUUGGGCAGUGGGCACACACAAAUGGGUGAGAGCAUGGCUUGGUGACCACACAUGGAUGGAUUCAGAGCUGAGCACGCCUGUCUGUGACCCUCCUGGCUCUGCUCUAUUUGUGCUUUACCUGCAAACAAUUGUAUUGUCCUAUUUCGCACUCUGUCCUCUGUGCAUAUCAACACCCCUGUGCAUUUAUA